AUGCGCGGCGAGAAGGAGCUCACGACGAGCGCGGGUGCAGCCAGAACCGGAAGGGCGCGUGGGCGCGUCACGCGUGCGAUGCGGCAACGCGGGGAGGGCGAGGAUGGCGCGGUGACGUUCUGUACAGGGAGAGGAAGAGGCGAGGCGAAGGCCGAGGGCCUCACCAGUGUUGCAGGGGUACGGGGCGGCGAGGCUCGGAGCGGGCCCACGUGUCUGUGGCCAGGGGCCAUAGCGGGUGCUGGUCAGCGGUUCCCGGAGCAGGCGCCGGGUCGCCUGGACCCGAGCACGCGCUGGCGGGCCGGCAGCCACGGUGCACGGCCAGCCAACCGAAGCGACGAACGAGAGGGCGGCGGCUAUGCGGGCAAGCGACGCGGGCGCGUGGAUGCAGCAAAGCAGAAGCGGCCAGCGGCAAUAGGCGGGCAAGGCCGCGGCGGGGAGUGGGCGGAGCGGGCGGCGUGCAGAGCAGGGCGGCGGCUGGUCGAGACGAGUCCACGCGCGGGGUGCGUGAGCGCUGGACAGUGCGGGCUCGGGCCCGGCCAAAGGCAGGCCAAGGCGCGCGCGGCAGAGCGAGCAGGCACGGGGCGUGGCCGGCGGUGCGCGUGCGAGGCGGUGGGCACGACGCGCGGCGAGAAGGAGCUCACAACGAGCGCGGGUGCGGCCAGAACCGGAAGGGCGCGUGGGCGCGUCACGCGUGCGAUGCGGCAACGCAGGGAGGGCGAGGACGGCGCGGUGACGUUCUGUACACGGAGAGGAAGAGGCGAGGCGGAGGCCGAGGGCCUCACCGGCGUUGCAGGGGUACGGGGCGGCGAGGCUCGGUGA